GGACUGAGGCUUUUGGGACGGCGGCGGAAAGAUGGCGGCCCCCAGGUACGGGCGGGAGUCCGUGGAGGCAGAGCCUGGCGCUGGGAGCCAGGGAACCUCGGGAGUGGAGAUGGUGCUCCUUUCGGAUCCUGCCUCACCCGCCCCGCUUUGCCCUCAUGGACCUACUCUUCUGUUUGUAAAGAUGAGCCAAGGGAAGGAAGAAACACGAAGGUUUUAUGCCUGCUCAGCCUGUAGAGAUAGAAAAGACUGUAAUUUUUUUCAGUGGGAAGAUGAAAAGCUGUCGGGAGCGAGACUCACCGCCCGGGAAGCUCAUAACCAAAGAUGUCGUCCUCCCCUCUCCCGAAUGCAGUGUGUGCAAAGGUACUUGAGGUUCAUCCAGUUGCCCUUGACUGAGAGAAAGUUCUGCUGCAGCUGUCAGCAGUUGCUGCUACCAGAUGAGUGGGGGGAGCACCGAGAGCAUCAGGUGGUGGGGGAUGUUUCUGUUACCCAGUUAAGAAGGCCCAGCCAACUCCUUUACCCCCUGGAAAACAAGAAGACAAAUGCCCAGUAUCUGUUUGCGGAUCGGACCUGUCAGUUCUUGGUUGGCCUUCUCUCUGCCCUGGGCUUCAGAAGGGUACUGUGUGUUGGCACACCAAGGUUGCAUGAGCUGAUCAGGUUGACAGCAUCCGGUGACAAGAAGUCUAACCUUAAAAGCCUUUUAUUGGAUAUUGAUUUUCGGUAUUCACAGUUUUAUAUGGAGGAUAGCUUUUGCCACUAUAACAUGUUUAACCACCAUUUCUUUGAUGGAAAGCCUGCCCUUGAAGUAUGCCGAGCAUUUCUACAGGAGGAUAAAGGUGAAGGAGUCAUUAUGGUGACAGACCCUCCUUUCGGUGGCUUGGUUGAACCCCUGGCUGUUACAUUCAAGAAGUUAAUCACUGUGUGGAAAGAAGGUCAAGUCCAAGAUGACAGUCACCAAGAAAUGCCCAUUUUCUGGAUUUUCCCCUAUUUUUUUGAGGCCAGAAUUUGUCACUUUUUUCCAAGCUUCUGCAUGCUGGAUUACCAGGUAGAUUAUGAUAAUCAUGCACUUUAUAAACAUGGAAAGACCGGUCGAAAACAGUCUCCUGUACGUAUAUUUACGAACAUUCCACCCAACAAAAUAACCCUUCCUACUGAAGAAGGGUACAGAUUUUGCCCUCCGUGUCAACGGUAUGUUUCUCUUGAAAAUCAACACUGUGAACACUGUAAUUCUUGCACAUCCAAGGAUGGCAGGAAAUGGAAGCACUGCUUUCUAUGCAAAAAGUGUGUAAAGCCUUCCUGGAUCCACUGUAGCAUUUGCAAUCACUGUGCUGUUGCAGGUCAUUCUUGUGAGGGUCCCAAAGAUGGCUGCUUUAUCUGUGGUGAAUUGGGUCACAAACGCAGUUCCUGCCCUAACAUCAGCACCUCAAAGGAAGCCAACAACACCUUAUUUUUCAGAGCUGUCAGAAACCAGAAGCAAAGAAAAAGUAAUAAGAUGAAAAUGGAGACCACUAAAGGACAAUCCAUGAAUCAUACAUCUGUUACACGAAAAAAGAAGAAGAGGGAAAGAGCCCAUCAAUAUCUCUGCAGUUAAAUGUCCAGUGACUUGAGAAUAAGGAAGAUUUAUAGUCCAAUCUUGGAUGGCAUUUUCUGCAAGUGCCACCCUGGACUUAAAUUCAGUCGCUUUCAGAGGCAGUGCCCCUUCCUAGGCUCAAAAACAGGCAGGUGGCAUUUGGUGGUUUAUAGUCCCCUCCUCUGCCUCUCUGAAGACUGGGCGUUUUCUUCAUUGGCUGGUUUACCAGUUCUUUCUUCAGGCUCUUUAUCUUUCUCCAUAAAUCUUUCCCAGUCUUACUAUCUUGGCCUCUUUUGUCUCAAAAAUGGGCAUAGAUAGUGCUUUUGUUUGCAAUGUCAGAAGAAAAUGAAAAUGGCAACCUAUGAAGUUUGUUCCCAUUGAACACAAAAAUAUGUUAAUUUAGACAUGAAGACAUUUUGUUAAAUACUAAGCAAUGGUUUAAACCCUUCUUGGGAAGACUACAAUCUACAAUUCUUAGAUUGAAUCUAAAGGCAAUGGAAAGAAUUUUUACAAAGGCACUCUAAAGAUAUAUAAAUUAUAAUUAUAUUAUUAUUAAAUAUUUAUUUUUGCAGUACUUAUUGCCAUUGCCCUCUUGCUUGUAUAGAAUCCUUAAAUGUCGGAUGGAUGAGACAUAGCAAGUUAGGACUUGCUCCGUGGCUGCGCUGUCUUCCAAUCCAUGAUGUAAUUUUGUCUGUGUAAAUGAGUUGGUGACACAAGGCAGGAUAGUGACUGAACUCUUUCUGUCCUGCCGAACAAGUCCUGGCUGUGUGGCCUUGGCCAAGUUAUUCCUUGUCUAGAAGCCCUGUUUCUUCACAGUUGUGAUGAGGGAGUGUCAUAGCCACACUCAGGUCUGUUUGGGAUUGAUCUAAAUGAGACACACUGCCUGGCUCUCAGCUCUGCUGUGUCCUGGUGAGUCCUGUUGGCAGGGAAGACUGCAGCCCAGGCCUUCUGGCUGGGGAGCACAGCACUGAAGGGAGUGGUUUGAAUUCCAGGACAAGGCCUUUACCUCCCCAUUUCUCUGCCAGGUAGCUGACAUUGUCUCCUUAGGACUGAACAGUUUUGAAUGACUUAAAAUUGCAUAAUGACUUUCUCUUAUUCCCAAACAACUGCUGUAGAGCCAGUUUGGAGGCAUCUUUCUGCUUGGGGCAAACUGGAGCUUUGUGAGUGCUGCACCCCAUCUGGUGUUUAAAUUUCAGGUGAGCUGAGCUGUUUGAUAAUGUGAUCCGGAACACGUGGGCCAGAUAAUAAGGGGAAUCUUAUAUUUUAGGCAACAUCAAAAGAUGAAUUAAGCUCUGAGGCUUGUAAUAAAAAUCAGAAAAUGACACAGUACUCAAGGAUGGCCCAGAUCAGCAGGGCAGUGGUGACAUCAAAGGCAAAAUAAACUCUGAGACUUAAACCUCAGAAAAUGGUUCUUUUA